GUGUUUCAUUUUUAAUGUCACGCUUAAGUAAAGUAAUAUAAUGGUCACUUAGCUUUGAAGCCAUGUAGUAUUCGAUGGUUACUUGUCUAGCAUGCAAAGCUUUACAUGUUCUUGUUAAGCUAAUAUUUUUCAUAUUCUUGGCUUUUAAUUUUAUCAUCUUUUUUUCUUCUUCAAAUUUCAAGAGAUAUAUGGAUAAUAAUGUCAUGAUCAUGCAACAUUAUUUCUAUUCCCUUAGUUCUUCUUUAUAGUUACAACUUUAAACUUAAUUGAACAAAAGGGGAAAAAGAAUGGCAUCUCUCAUACCUGGAGUUCUACUGAAGCUUCUCCAAACAAUGAACUCUAAUGUAAAAAUUCGAGGAGAACACCGCUCAGUCCUUCUACAAGUGAUCAGUAUCGUGCCUGCAUUAUCCGGUUCUGAACUAUGGCCUAACCAAGGCUUCUUCAUAAAAGUCUCAGAUUCUUCUCAUUCAACUUAUGUCUCACUCUCAAAGGAAGACAAUGAGCUUAUUAUGAAUAAUAAGUUGCAGCUUGGCCAAUUCUUUUAUGUCGAUAAAAUGGAGGCCGGUACACCGGUUCCAAUUCUUGUUGCGGUUAGGCCUGUUCCUGGAAGACAUCCUUUUGAAGGUAAUCCUAAGGAUUUAAUGCAGAUGUUGGAGUCAUCGGAACACAUAGUGUGUCCUAAUAACAAUGAAGUUAACAGCUCAAAAUCCUUGGAUAUAAUCGAAGCCAAAGAGAACACAAGUUCAAGGCAAAAGAUUGUUAUUAAAGAAGAAAAAGUUGGUGUUGCGUCGAGGUACAUGAAGGGUGUGCUAAAUCAAAACUCAAAAGUGAAUGUCCUGGAUACUAUUGUUGAAAGCAAAGGAAAUGAUUUAGAGAAUGUCGUAGAUGGUAAGAAGGUGGGAUCUACAAAAGGAAAGCAGCAAGAGAUUAAAGGUCAGGUAGCCCCAAUGACCUCAACUCGUACUCGAUUUGAAGCAAUUUCAACGAAGCAAGAUGUUGCUCAAUCAAACAUCCAGGAGACAGUAAUGAAGCCUUCUAAAAGCACUUCUAACAAGUGGACUUCGACUAAACAGGAAAAUUUGAACUUGAAUUUUUUGUCCAAUAUUCAAGAUAAAAGCAAUUGCACCGAGACAAUUUCAUGGACUACUUUGCCAGCCAAACUUUUAAGACCUGGAAAGGGAAUUCUUAGAAGGAAACAACUAGCAUCUCAAGUUGUAGUAGAAGCUCAAAAAGAAGCAUCUGAAGCAACAAAGAUAGUCAAGUGCUUAAGUAUGUUUGCAAAUAUCUGCUCAUCUGCUGCAUCAGAGAACCCUCAUGUCACAAUGGACAAGUUUUUCGCACUCCAACAGCUCAUGGAUCAGCCAAAUGGUUCAUCUCAGUUGAAAGCCAAAUCUCUUCAAUCACAUAACAUUCAAUCUCCUACAGAAAAGCUAAAAUAUGGCAAAAAAACAGGUUUAGCACAUGCUAAAAGUAAAAACAUAUCAAAGUCUCAAAAAUCUAUAAUUGAAUUAUCAGUAACUGAAAAACAAGAAUGGGCGAAAGAAAAUGGCAUAAAACAGAUCAAUGAGCUAAAAGAAGUCUUUUUGAAUGAAACAAGAUCAUGGUUCAUUAAGUACUUGGAAAAGACAUUGGAUUCUGGAUUUUCAAGGGUCUUUCAAGAGAAGGGAAAAGAAAGUAAGGUUAUUGCAGGAAGAGAAACGGCACACGCAAACUACAUAGCGGUGACACUGUCACACCUUAAGCAUGCAAAUGAGUGGCUAGAAACAUUGAGAAACAGUUUAAACUCUGAAAGUGAAGGACUAGUAGAGACCAUUGAUAGAUUGAAGAAAAAAAUUUAUUCUUCCUUGCUUGUACAUAUUGAUUCUGCUGCAGUAGCUUUGGAAAACCGAGCUUGAUUGUUCGACAAGAAACUGUUUCAGAAGAACAUAAUGUAAUAUGCUAUUUUAUAGGUUAAAUUAUGUGUGAUGCUAUUUAUUAAUUUAUACCGAAAAACAAAUAAGGCGAAGGUGUUUUAAAGUAAACUUACAUUUCUCCUUAAAAAAUAUUUGUAUGUGAUACAAUCUAUGUAACACCAACAAUUCAAAUUGAAAGCGUAUCUGAUUAUCGGAUGCCUGCAGUGUUUGGACAAUGUUCAAUCAAGUGUGAUAAUCAUGAACAAUACAAUUA